AUGCUUUAAGAACCUUUUGUGUUACUAAAGAAUUAUCGCUAAGAAUAAGAUGCUUUAAAAUUAACACAAAAGCAGAAAUUCAUUCCAAUUCAAAAGAAACUAGUUAAGAAAACUCAAAAACCUAAACAUUAUACGAUUGAAAAGAAAACUAAUCCAGAAUGGACUCAAAUUGAAGCUUAAUCAUUUAUAGAACCUUUAAUUCAAUUAUAAUAAUAUUCAGAUGAUGAAAUAAAUGAAGAUCAGUAUUCCCCACUUAUCUUUAAUGAGAUUAAACUUACUUAUCAUGCCUCCUAUUAUGACAACAUAAAUCUAUCAGAUGAUGCAUUAGGAAUUUGAGAUGGCUACUAACCGGC